AUGCAAAAAUCCGGUUACCCGAUCAACGAAUUAAUACAAAUCGACUCCUCUCCAGCAGCCAAUGUAAGCUUUUUGCUCAACUCGAUCCUCAAAAAUUACGAUAAAACUUUUCGGCCUGGAUUUGAUAAAAAUCGUCCAACUGACGUAUUCAUUGAUAUCUAUGUACGAACGAUGGGGCCAAUCUCUGAGUUCACCGAUACCUAUGCUUUCGAUUGUUAUUUUCGGCAAACUUGGACCGACGAAAGAUUGAGAUUUGAGUUUGGAGACGGUCACGAGGGACGAACACUUUCUUUGGCAAUGUCAAUGCUCGAUAAAAUUUGGAAACCGGAUACGUAUUUCUGGAAUGGCGCCGGUUCCUACAUUCACAUGUUAACAUCACCAAAUCGACUUGUCAGAUUACGAGAAGAUGGCACCGUGCUUUACUCGUCUCGUCUAACCGUGAAAGCUAAAUGCAAAAUGUUGUUGGCUCGAUACCCGUUGGAUCGUCAAGCAUGCCGGCUUGUAGUCGGCAGUUUUGCUUACACAGCUCAAGAACUCACUUUUCGUUGGAAGCCUUCCUCCGAUCAUCAGGGAGUGAAAAUCGAUGUAGCCGCUGUCGCACAACUUCCGCAAUUUGAGGUGAGCGGCUACGAAGUGUUCAACACCACCAAUCACACGAGAGACGUACCAUACUCAACAUUAGAAGUACGCUUCUAUUUAUCACGACACGUUGGAUACUUUCUGAUGAAUUUCUAUGUUCCUUGUACGCUGAUCGUUUUACUCUGUUGGGUAGCGUUUUGGAUAAAUCGAGAAGCGACGAAUGAUCGUUUGGGACUUGGCAUAACAUCCGUCUUGACGAUGACUUUCAUUUCGAUCGAUUCGAGAGCCGAUGCUCCAAAAGUCGAUUUCCCUACCGCGCUUGAUGUUUACAUUUGGAUCUGUUACUCGUUUCUUUUCGGUUGCAUUGUGGUGUUCACCGUGGUCCACUAUCACACAAAAUAUCGAACUGGUGACCCGGAAAUUCAGGAAAUCGAACGGGAAAAGAUGCGCCAACUAAUCCGGAGUAUUCCUAAAAAGGCAGUUCUCAGUAGUCGAUACUACAAUCGCCCACAUCAUCGAGAGAACAAAAUGCAACAGAUGCCGCUGAGUAUGCACAAUGGAUAUAUCAAGAGAACGCUUUCGGAUAUGACAAGACGCGACGGUGGAAGGCAUUCACUUUACAAUAAAACACGGGCAACUAAUCGAGCUAAACGCGUCUUAAGCCCGCAAAGCUCGACAAGUACCACUGAACCAGUCAAUUUGGCUGAUUUUCAGCAAGAAAAUGUCGGCUGGAGACUUUACUAUUGGUUGAUUGAUCACUUUCAGAAUAAAAACGAUCCAUUCGGAAUUCAAGAGAACUCGAUGUCUUCAGUGGACAAAUUCGCUCGGAUCGUUAUCCCGCUAGCUUUUGGCUUUGUGGUUUGUAUCUACUACAUUAUUUAUAUGAAUUCGUCGUUCGAUUUUCAAUUUGAUAGUAUAAUC